AUGUGUGGGCGUUAUGCUUUGGGCGUGCGGUUGGCCUAUGUCCAACAACGCCUGCAAGAACAGGGAAUGCGAGUAGACGAAGCACCUGACGAUGACACAAUCCGAGAGACAUACAACUUUGCACCUGGAAACUUUGGUGCUGUCUACCGCGCCGAAAGAGUGAUCAAGGAACGUAACCAGGUCGGACAAGAAGCAGAUGCCGACAACGAAGACCAUCCCUUGAAAAAGAGCAAUGACGGUCAGACGAAAGAAGAAAACCCCUCAAACAGUCCUGCUCGCAGGUAUAAGCUUCAGAGCAUGAAAUGGGGCCUGAUCCCAUUCUGGACAAAACGACAACCGGACUGGGGAUCCAUGAUGCGCACGAUCAACUGCCGUGAUGACUCGCUGAUCGAAGAUUAUGGCAUGUGGACCACAAUGAAAAGAGACAACAGAUGUGUUGUUGUCUGCCAAGGCUUCUAUGAAUGGCUGAGAAAGGGCCCCGGGGGAAAAGAAAAAGUCCCUCACUACGUGAAGCGCAGAGACGGGGAAUUGAUGUGCUUUGCCGGCCUUUGGGAUUGUGUUUCUUAUGAGGGUUCCGACGAAAAGCUUUAUACCUAUACGGUCAUAACAACAUCUUCCAACUCUUACCUCAAAUUCUUGCAUGAACGCAUGCCGGUCAUCCUGGACCCUGGCAGCGACGCCAUGAAUACAUGGCUUGACCCGCUUCGAACAAGUUGGUCGAAAGAGCUGCAGUCGAUUCUCAAGCCAUAUGAGGGCGAGCUUGAAUGCUACCCUGUCCACCAAGAUGUUGGGAAAGUGGGAAAUAAUUCGCCAAACUUCAUUGUUCCGGUCGACAGUAAAGAUAAUAAAGGCAAUAUCGCCAACUUCUUUGCCAAUUCUCCAAAGAAAGCGCCCGUUCCGUCAAAACCAAGACCAGCAAAAGAUGAGCGCCCUACCAAUGACAUCGAAUGGAGUGAAGACAACGCCCCAAAGCCGGUGCCAGCCCUCAAGAGAGAGCAUAGUCCAGAUACAGCAGGUGAUGCAGAAGAUAAUUCCAAACCCGAAGUGGAGACAGAACCAACAAACUCGUCGCCGCAAAAGAAAAAACUGCGAAGUGCAACCCAAAAUAGUCCGAUGAAGGGAUCCAAUGGAACGAAAGCCCCUAGAGCACAGCCAAUUACGAACUUUUUCAAGAAGUGA